UGAAUAGUAUAUCAUUUUGUUUCGAUUUCUUUAUUAAUACUUUACAUAUGCUUUUCGAAUCAUCGAGAAUUAAUAAGAUCAAGAGUAGCCGAGCCCGGAAUUCGCGCGCGAUUGUUCUGUUGUCUUUUAUAAUAUUAUACGAUUCUUUGGGAAGUUUAGCGUCCUCUUUAUCGUGUUAUAUAUGUACCGACAAUAGACCACAAUCCAAAUGCCAGUUAGAUCCAGAGAACGUGGAUGUGGGACCGAAAAAAUUGAUGUGCAACCGAACGUAUUGCUAUACCCAAUGGGAUAUUAUCGAAGGAGAGAUAACCUUUGUGUCACGUGGUUGUGAAAACAAGAGUUUCGGCAACAAAUGCGUUAAAGCCCACGAUGGACGUCAAUUGGUGUGCUAUCAGACAUGCGCCACCGAGCUGUGCAACAACAUGAUCAACGUGGAUCCUAAAAACUUUACAACUUAUGAUGCCAAUCAAAUCGUGAUCUACGUGCCUCCCGGCGCAACCAAUUCUACCGCCUCUCGCGCCAAAAAUAAUAGAACAGGAAUUAUCAAUAAAGUUGAUAACAAUGAUUCCGCCGCUGAGUUAGAAAAUGAUGACAGCGGAGGAAGCCAAAUUUUUGCGAUUGAAUUGGUUUACACUAUUUACGCCGCCAUUUUGGGUUAUCAUCUGACUCUCAUUUUAUAGGGGGGGGGGAAAUGUCCUUAAUUUUUGGUGGUCUAAUUUGUAUAAUAUCUUAGUUAGUCUUAUUUAAAAUUUUUAAACAACACCAAUCUUAGCCAAAUUUUUUUAUAUUUUUAUUUAUGAUUUAUCCUUAAAAGAUGUAAUUAAUAUUAAACGGAUAUUUAGAUUAAUUAUUUU